UCAAGGGGGCUAACCCAAUGAACAAUCCUGUCCGUCUUUCCCAAAAUAAGCUGGUGGGAGAGGGAUCGCGUAGUAAGCCAGAGAGAUUGGAGCAGCGAGGUGCACAGCCCCCCCCCGCCCCACCUCGGGUUAUAAGUCCUUGGAGUGGGAGCACAACCUGCUUGGACCCAGAUACACUGCCUCGCUGCCUGCCUGCCUGACUGACCUGAGUGACUAACUGACUGAGUUCCACUUCACUGCUACUCACUCUCUCUCCCUCUGUGUCCUGCUCCCUUGCUCCUUCCCUCCUACUUUCCACCCUGGAGAGCAAGAGCGCACAGAUUGGGAAGGUGUUCCUCAGACCUGCGUCUGGACAGCUCGAAGACGACACAGAGAGGACGUUUCCCCAUUCUCACCCUUUCAUCACCUCUGUCACUUUUGCCACCUCUGCCCCCCCCCCAAAAACGCUGGACCAAUUCCGAGUGCCAGAUCUUUGCCCAGGAGGACCCUACUUGUUCGCUGAAAACCUGAUGCCAUCACAUCCCAUGGGAGACACGAGUGGCUGAAGGAGGGAGGUAGAAGAGACCCUGAACCACCUGACGCAAACACCUAACGCUGCCCUUGCCCAGCGAUCCUCCCCCCCACCCCUGCUCUCCUCCACCGAGUCUCUGAGGAAAGAAAGUUCUUUGCGUGUGACACCUAAAGCCUGGGAUGCUGUUGACCAUGCUGCUGGCUCCUGUCUCUGUGCUACUGAUGCUUGUGGUGCCUGCUUUUGCCGGAGGGUACGCCCCCAUACCCCACAUGAAGUACAUUCAGCCCAUGAUGAAGGGGCCUAUUGGACCUCCGUUUCGCGAGGGCAAAGGACAUUAUGUUGAUAUGCCACCCAUGAUGGAAGUGAAGGGGGAACCCGGCCCCCAAGGGAAACCAGGACCAAGAGGUCCCCCUGGACCACCAGGCGUUCCAGGGAAACCUGGUCUGGGAAAGCCUGGUUCCCAAGGCCCACCUGGUCCUCAGGGACCUUCAGGCUUUACGGGAAUUGGUAAGCCUGGACUUCCGGGACUCCCAGGAAAGAUUGGGCCAAAGGGGAUGCCUGGGGUUAAUGGUGAGGUAGGCCCUCGUGGUGAACCAGGUCUCCGUGGUCCUCCCGGGCAUCCUGGGCUUCCUGGCCCAGCUGGACUGUCCUUGAAUGGGAAACCUGGGCUUCCAGGUAUGAGAGGCCCCCCUGGGGUCCAUGGCGAGCCAGGAAUAAAGGGUAUAGCUGGCCCACCAGGUGAUCGUGGGCCUAAGGGCGAGAAUGGAAAUGGGAAUCCAGGGCUUCCAGGUCUAAGGGGUUCUCCUGGCCCAAAAGGGAGUAUUGGACCACCUGGUCCUUCAGGUAUUGGCACACCAGGACUAAAAGGUUUGCCUGGAGUACCUGGUCCUAAAGGUGAUAAUGGACUCCCAGGUGAUCAAGGACUCCCAGGAGAGGCAGGGCCCCCAGGACUACAAGGUUUGCCAGGGCCAGUUGGGUUGGGGAAGCCUGGGCUAGAUGGACUUCCUGGAGCACCAGGUCCACAAGGUCCAAAAGGUGAAUCUGGGGCCAGGGGUACUCCUGGAAUGCCUGGAACUAAUGGCUAUGGAAAACCUGGUCCAAAUGGACUAAAAGGAGAAAAGGGACAUGGUGGAUUUCCAGGUCUCCCGGGGGAUAAAGGAGAACAAGGACCAACUGGACCAGUUGGGAAGCCAGGACUUGAUGGACAACCAGGACCAUCAGGACUUCAAGGUCCAAUGGGAUUGCCAGGAAAACAUGGAAUACCAGGACAGAAGGGAGAGCUCGGGCCCCGGGGUCCUCCUGGACUGCCUGGCCUUCGAGGUGACCAAGGCCCCAAUGGACACUCUGGAAAACCUGGUAUGCCUGGGGAAAAGGGCAUCCCUGGGCCCAAUGGUCCUAUCGGAAAACCUGGACCUAAAGGUGAGGCUGGGCAUAUUGGCCCCCCUGGGAAUCCUGGUAUAACAGGUGCCCUGGGGCCUAAAGGGGAGUCAGGGUUUAUGGGAAUUCCAGGCCCCAGGGGCCAGUCGGGCAUUCCUGGUCUUCAGGGGCCCAUGGGUCCCAUGGGUCCACAGGGUCCCCCUGGCCUAAAGGGUGAACAAGGACUUCCAGGGCCUCCAGGGCUGGGCAGGUUGGGUGAGAAAGGUCCUAUAGGUCCCCAGGGUCCUCCAGGGAAACAAGGCUCCCCUGGACUUAAUGGCAUACCUGGGCCUCCUGGCCCUCCAGGACCCCCUGGGCCUCCAGGAAAUGGCCAUACAGUUGUUGCAGGGCCAGAGAGUUCAAAGUUAGAUGGGGGAGAAAUUCCAGAUGACAGAAAAGGCCCUGCAUAUAGUCAAGUUCCAUUGUCCGCCUCUGUGGCACCAGCCUUCACAGCUGUCCUUACCACACCAUUCCCUCCUUCAGGCAUGCCAAUCAAAUUUGACAGGACCCUCUACAAUGGGCAAAAUGCCUACAGCUCUUCUACUGGCAUAUUCACUGCUCCUUUAUCUGGUAUAUACUACUUUGCAUACCACAUGCAUGUAAAGGGAACUAGCCUGUGGGUAGCAUUGUAUAAGAACAAUGUACCAGCCACUUACACAUAUGAUGAAUACAAGAAAGGCUACAUGGACCAGGCAUCUGGUAGUGCAGUCUUAGAGCUGAAGGAGGGUGACCAGGUAUGGGUCCAGAUGCCUUCAGAUCAGGCAAAUGGCCUAUAUUCUACAGAGUACAUCCAUUCUUCCUUCUCAGGAUUCUUGCUCUGUCCCACAUAACCCUAUCUUUUCCUUAAAAGAUGUUGCUAGAUUGGCACCUCAGUGCAGCCCUUAACCUAAAAUACCUGCAGCCAUUAUAGAAACACAAAACCCAUAAAAUACUCAAUAUUAUUGCCAUAGUCUUUAUCUGUCUCGCCCUCAACAGCACAAGCGAAACAAAAACUUUGUGAAUGAAGUGAGUUUUUAAAGGCAGGGGAAGGAAUUUCAUACUGUGUUCUUUAUUUCAGUGUCCUUCAAAUGUGUGUUUUAGUUGUGUU